GUCAUCAACAACCGUAACAAGAACAAGCUGGGCUCGACUCGUUACACCAAGUAAAAACAUACACUAGCGUCCUUUAAACCUGCCUGGCGAUCGGUAGCCAUAUCCCUGUCGCGCAACGCAUUACCCACAAGCAUCUGACGUUGGGGGCUGUGUCCACUGUGCUCUUCGCUCAACCCGUCGUCAUCACCGAGAGUCUCAGCCACUUCAGUCCAUCUCUUUUCUCCCAAUCCAUUUCUCCGCGUUCUUUUUCAGGCCUCUCAUUAUAGCUUCUGCAUUCCUCGACAGCCUUCCCCCGUUGUGAUAUCCAGCCACCACCUCGCGAGCAACAGCGAUCCCAAUUACUUCCAUCGUCCCGGCGCCGAUCAUCUAGGCUUCAUCCUUGUAUACUUGUCCGAUCCAACGACGCCCAUCGUACGCCAUGCCAGGCAAGACGAGCGCCUCGGCAUCCGAGCGCCUCGCCGCCUACCUCUCCCGUCUCAAUCCCGUUCCUGGAUUCGCCGACUACACUGGUCCCUACAAGGUUGGAACCGUCGACAUCGAAAUCCCCGUUGCCGACUUGCACUCUCCAGCGCCAGCGCCGGCGAACGCGGCAGACAUCGACACAGUCUCCUGCCGCAUCUUCUAUCCAGCACACCCAGACGCCGAGGGCAAGCGGAUAACAUGGGUUCCGGCGCCACAGAGACACACCAUCUCGUCCUACAUCCAGUUCCUAGGCGCCGGCCCGACACUCGCGUCUGCGGCGUCCUUUCUGCCUCGACACCUGCACUACACCACGAUACCUGUCGUCAAGAAUGCGCCCCUGCUCGAGCCGAACACAUUGAACCGGAGAUGGCCGACCGCCAUCUUCUCACACGGUCUUGGAGGAAAUCGCAACGCCUACUCGCAAAUCGUCGGUUCCUUGGCCUCCCACGGUGUCGUCGUUGUAUGUCCCGAGCACCGUGACGGCAGCUCUGUGGUGUCGUUUAUUCGCGACCCUGCCGCGCAACCGGGCCGAUACUUCCGCUCCAACAACUAUCGCACCGUCCCGUACAACCGGAUACCACACGAUGCGACAGACGAGAUUCACGCUCUCAGGGAUGACCAGCUCAGAAUUCGACUCUGGGAGCUUGGUCUGAUUCACGACGCCAUCCUGGCUAUUGACGGAAAAGUCCCAUUUAGAAACCUGAACACCAGCACACCUUCACUCGACCAAUUUGCAGGUGCGAUGCACGUGCAAGAACCAGGCAGCAUGAUCUUUGCAGGUCACAGCUUCGGCUCUGCAACCAUGGUGCAGUUUCUCAAGUCGGUCUACUAUGCGGGCACGCCCGAACUUGACGCAAUGGCCGAGCCGCUUUACACACCAUCGCGCGAGUCUGCUCUCUGCAAGCAGAUCACACCCAAGAACGUGACAAUACUUCUUGACAUGUGGUGCUUUCCUCUCUUGUCAAAGCCCACAAAGGCGCUCCACGAUCUCCCUUUGCCUGUUUACGCCGACACUGCCGAAGCCCCUGGCGGCAACGCCCUCUUGGCCAUUGAGAGCCAGGACUUCUUCAAAUGGAAGGAGCAUCUCCACGCCACAGCGCGCAUCCUGUCGCCUAACCCGGCCGCGCAGAUAGUUGAGCCUACAGCCUACGAACGACCACAAAGCCGCGUCAAGCUGGCCGAGCCGCACUUCUACUACGUGCAAAACUCGGCGCAUCUUAACCAGUCUGACUUUGGGCUGCUUUUCCCCAUGCUCACAAAGAAGAUUUUCGGUGCUGUGGAGCCAGAGAGAGCGAUCCGGCUGAAUCUGCGCGCCAUGCUACAGGUUCUUCGCAACAACAGCAUUCCCGUAGGCUGCACGUGGGUAGGGGACUUGGUCGAUGGUGGCAUCGUGGAUAAGCUCAGUCACACCUCGAGCGAGAAGCCCGAGGCCAGUCCUGCUGCAGGUGACGCCAAGGACGUCAGUGAUGGCGUGUAUGACGAUCAGGCCAUAUUUUCUCGCAACACUCAUCACGGCAUCGAGGCUUGGGGCUGGAUCGAUAUCAUGGGCAUGGGCCACUUUGUGAAGCAGGAUGAGAAUGGCUCAAUCUCUGACGAGUCGGCGGCCGAGGCGACAGAGCCGGCCAUGGCCAGCGUCAUUGAGCCGAGCGCCGCCGAUGAGGAGGCUGAUGCUGCGGUGAAGGACGCCGCGGCGAAAGUCGUCUCGCAAGCGUCGCAGGGGAGGUCUGAUGCAGUCCCUGCAUAAGCGCUCUCUACGGCACAGCUGCUUUUGCGUGGUUGAUUUCAGUAUCGAUCUGCCGUGGAUUUGCAGAAAAAUCACGUUAUACACAGCGCUAUGCGUUGGGUGAACACUGGCAUAACAGGGCGGAGUAUGGACAGCAUAGCGAGGUCUCCUCUUUUUAUUUUUUGUUUGUUUGGGGUCUCUCACAGACCAAGCAUUGUUUACGAUUCCCAGCGGUGGCAACUGGAGUUCAAGAUGGUUUCAAGCUUUUCCCUUAGACAGCCUUAGUCUUUACCUCCUACAGCUCGGAAUUUCAUUUUCGUCUGCUCAGCCUCAGCUCUUUGGCAUGCAAUACGAUGCGGCUUCUUCUUCUUCCCUGCGAAUUGUAUCUGCUUAUUUGCCCCAUGCUACGGACUUGAGGUUGACACGGAGCUGGCCCCGGGACGCCCUUGCCGUGACAGGCUCCACAAUGGCGCCAUGUUGCCGACCACCGGCGAUUUGGCUUACAGUGACGUGUC